CUCUUUCACAUCACUUUUUUUUUAGCAGUGGUAAAAAUCAAAUAUGGACGAAAGUGAAAAAUUUUGCGUCAUUUGCCAAUAUUCAAUUGUGGACUUGGUCAAACUGAGUUGUAGACACGUUUUUUGCAAGAAAUGUAUCAAGGAUUACGUUAACCAUGCAAAUACCAGAAACACCACAAAACGUUGUCCCUUAUGUAGAAAGAAAUUUAUGGAAACUGUAGCAGGUUACAUUACAAUAGAAAAACUCGACGGUACGUCUUCUGAAUCGGAUACCGAUAUUGAGGAAUGUUAAACAAAAACUAAUUUGACAAUAAUUAAUUGGAACAUCACUGGAAUUAAAAAUAAUACUCACAAUAAUAUAGAAAUUAAAACAUAAAUAAAUGGAUCAAUAGUAUAAUGUUAAAAGUGAAAACAUAUAAGUUAUUGAAGAUGACACAGAGACUAAAAUGGCCAAUAAUUAAAUAAUAGUUAAUUGUCUGCCGGAAUGAUGAAAAUAAAACAAAGA